AUGAGGUUCAGUCUUGCCCUUGCUGCUCUUGGAGCUCUGUCGACCUGUGAUGCACUUCUCACAAUCAAGAACAACGAUUGUGCGACGUUCAUUCACAACCUCUCUCUUCCAGAAAACACCACGAUCUCGAAUACAACAUAUCAUCCACCUCAGACAAUCAAUAUCACCGGCGGAGCGCAGAAUAUCUAUAACAAAUAUGCGUUCUGCGAGGUAGAUGGCAUCAUCUCGUACGGCAGAAACUCAACUUUGCACUUCUCAGUCUAUCUUCCAGAUGCCAUAUCUUAUAAUGGCCGCUUCAUGGCUGUUGGAAAUGGUGGUAUGGCUGGAACACUAGACACAGUGGCUCUGAUGCAGCAACUGAACUCUGGCUUCGCCUCUGCCGCUGGCGAUGCAGGCCACCUUGCCAGACUAAAUAACGCCGGUUUUGGGGCACCUGAUACUUACCUCCCAUAUCUGCACGAUGCAGACGAAGUACAAGCCUGGAUCCACAAUGCGAUUUCUCUCUUCGUGCCGUCCACGAAAGACAUUAUCAAGGCUUACUACAAUAAAGCUGCAGCCUAUAGCUACUACAGUGGUUGCUCGACCGGUGGAGCUCAGGGCUUUUCCUUGGCUCAAUACCAUCCUGAGCUUUUUGAUGGCAUCAUUGCCGGGUGUCCUGGUAACUGGUACUCACAUCUUGCUCUCUCGUUCCUAUGGAAUGGACAACACGCAGUAGUGAACACAUCGUCCUAUCUCUCGCAAGCAGUCUUGAACUUUACCGGUCAAGCAAUCUUGGAAGCCUGCGAUGCGAAUGAUGGCGUCAAGGAUGGGGUCAUCGAAAACCCCCUGAACUGCAACUUCUCCAUCGACUCUUUGGCUUGCAACACUACCACAACAUCGCAGAGUAACAACAGCAUAUCCUGUCUUACUCCAGACCAAAUCACAGCUGCAAAGGCCAUCUACGCUGGACCCAAGAAUGCGGAAACCGGAGAACAGCUAUAUCCUGGUUUUGCUCAUGGUUCAGAGAUCCAAUGGAUUUUGCAAGAGGGUAACCUCGCCGAUGCUUUCUCCAUUCCCAUCCUGCAGAAUCUGGUUUACGACAACUUGACGUACAACGCAUCCACCUUCAACUGGGCAAGCGACGUGUCCGACGUCGACGCAAACGCUGGAGCCAAAAUUGAUGCGAUAAGCACCAACCUCACCGCUUUCCGCAACAGAGGUGGCAAGUUGCUGGUCUACCAAGGCUGGUCUGAUCCCCUCAAUGCUCAAUUCUGGCCGAUCCAACAUUAUGAAGAUGUGCAGUCCUUCUUUGGUGAUGACAUCUCGGACUUUUACAACGUAUUCAUGGUUCCUGGUGGUGGACACUGUGGAGCUGCGAGCUUUUAUCCUCAAGUGCCUGCAACGUACCAUACCGUGCCUGCACUGAUGGAUUGGGUGGAGAGAGGGGAAAAGCCAGAGGAAGUUCUGACGACCGAUCCUUCUGAUGGGGAGACGAGGAGUAGGAAGUUGUGUCCCUGGCCGAGAACAGCGACAUAUGUUCAAGGCGAUGUUGAUGAUUGGACAUCAUCCUACGUUUUGCUUCACCAGCCCUCGUCUCUGCAAUUGUCCUUCAUGAUGACCUUCGACAUACCAAACGACCUGAGCAGUUUAAUCUGCUCAAUCCUCCUUCUGGCUUCUACUGCAUCCAGUGCCGUCAUCCAGUCCCUUCCCGAUAAAUCCAUCAUCAGUCUUGCUUCCAUCAAAACCCCAACUCCUGUCUUCGACCGUCCCGUCGACAUCUCUACUGAGAAACUCGUUGACUUGGACUUCAUAUCCACUCCCACCACCUCCAUCGAGUCCAACGCCGCUAUCACCUUUCCACACUGGACUGUCAUCACCGACACCGCCAUAUUUCCCAACACAGACACCUUCGCCAGCAUGAUCACCCCAGCCCCCGAACCCGUCCGCGAGCGCAGAGAAGCAAACUACGACCCCAACGACCCCAACUGCAAACGCAUCGACCUCUGGGAAAACCCUUUGCACAAUGUUGCCGAUCCGAGAUAUACCACCAGUUGCCGUGCAGAGAGGGAGUGA